GCAGGCGGCGGGCGGGUUGGCGGCGGGGACUUGUUGUUCUUUGCGAAGUCGGAGACCCAGCGCGCGGCGGAGGCGGCAGUCGACGGGGAGCGAGAGUGAGCGCGACCGCAAGGAGAGCGCGUGCCCGCGAGGAGCCGCCGCGCGCCCGCGCCCCCCGCGCGCCGCCAGUCAGGAUUCCUGCACCAUUCUGUCCCGGUGCCCGUGCCCAGGUUAUGACGACUAACCCCAAGCCCAACAAGGCAUUAAAGGUCAAGAAGGAGGCGGGCGAGAACGCCCCAGUGCUCAGCGACGAUGAGCUGGUGUCCAUGUCCGUGCGGGAGUUGAACCAGCACUUGCGGGGCCUCACCAAGGAGGAGGUGGUCCGCCUGAAGCAGCGGCGGCGCACUCUUAAGAACCGGGGCUACGCAGCCAGCUGCCGCAUCAAGCGGGUGACGCAGAAGGAGGAGCUGGAGCGGCAGCGGGUGGAGCUGCAGCAGGAGGUGGAGAAGCUGGCGCGUGAGAACAGCAGCAUGAAGCUGGAGCUGGACGCCCUGCGCUCCAAGUAUGAGGCCCUGCAGACCUUCGCCCGCACAGUGGCCCGCGGGCCCGUGGCACCCACAAAGGUGGCCACCACCAGCGUCAUCACCAUCGUCAAGUCUGCCGAGAUUGCCACCUCCGUGCCAUUCUCAGCUGCUUCCUAGUGCGCGCCCGGGGCUGGCCGAAGGCCCUGUCCCGUGCUCAGCAGAGGGUCGGGAGCAGACUCAGGCAGGCUCCCAGUGAGGACGAGGCUGUGGGUGCCAAAUGAAGGUGGGGUCUUGUGACCCCGGGUGCUGCACGCCUUCCUACACGCACAUACAUGCUCACACGCGCACAUGCACUGGCCUUACUUUGGGGCUUGCCAGCUCUGUCCUGACUGCCUGUGUUAAGGGACAUGUGUCUUGCUUGGGGGGAGUUGGGCUGUAUGAGGAGAGGGCCCUCAGAAGGUCCCUGCCCCUGUGGCCUGGAUGGCAGGGGCUCCACCUUCCACCCUUCCCGUGAGCAGCCAGCCAACCUGCCCAGGUGUCUGUCCCUGCUGUGUUAUUCUACCAGCUGGUGCAGGACCCUCCUCCCCGCCCUAAGCUCUGGUGCCUGAGGGGAGCCAUUUAUUCCUGGUGUCAAGAUGCACCAUGAUCCUGCUUUAGCUGUAGCCAGAGGCCCGUGCCCCAUGAGGUGGAGGGAGUCGGCUUGCCUGGGUGUGGGUGUGCGUGUACAGGGGGACACGCCCACUCUCACAUGGGUGUGCCAGCAGCCUGGGGCCUGGAGGAGCAGCUAUCACACAUGGUCCCGGGACCUCUGGGGCAGGGAGGUGCACGAGUGUUGUAAGCUCUCCCUCUGGGAUUGAGGAGCCCACUGAGGAGCAGUGGCUGGCUGGCCGGGGGAGCCCCAAGCAGGGAGGGCAUGGUGGAACAGAAGGGACAUGCUCUAUGUGGGGCAAGUAGGGGGCAGCGCUGGCCUCUGGAGCAGCCAUGGGGCGGGGGCGCCUGGCUGCCCCUGGUCCUGCCAGCAGAGGUCAGGACGAGGAGGGCAAGAAGGUGGGCUCGGGCCAGCAAGGCCUGGACUGGCAUCCCAGGAGCACCUGGGUGGUCUGUUGGGCAGAGAGGACGAGGGCUGGGUACUGGCCUGGAACCUUCACUGCCUUCUGGCAUGUGGAGCCCCUGAUGACCUCGGUGACCUCUGCUGGGGCUUCCUGUCCCUGAGAACUGGGCAGGGGCUCUCCACUGGGGCAGGGCGUGGGUCCCCAGCUGCUGUCCCCGCCCCUCCACAGGCUGGAAGCUGCUCGCUCUGCCUCCUGGUUUUCCCUUGGCCAACCCCCACCCUACAGUAAGACCAGAGCAGGCUGCCAAGCAGGCAUGGGUGUCAGCUGGGAGGGGAGGUGGGCAAGGACAGAUGGCCCCAAGGGCCACAUUCCUGCCCAUGCGCCUGCUGUCAAGAGGGACUGAAAGCCUCUGGCUCUGCAGCGGCCUCACUGUGGUCCUGGGAAAGGCGGAGGGCUGGGGCCCUGGACCCGCAGGGAGCCACAGGCCCAGUGUGUAACAAAGCUAUUGAUACCACGGUCGUGGCAGGUAAUCCACAUUGGAUAUCAAUAAGGACCACGGGAAAUAUUUAAGAGAAAGAAGUAUAUAUAUAUAAAAGUAUAUACACAUUUUAUCGUACAGAUUUUCAUACCUUUUUCCUGUUUGAUACUGUAAAUCUCUUAAUGGAACAGAGCUGCUGAAUGCAGCGGGUGAGUGGCUGUGGCCCCCUGCCUGGCUCCUGGGGCUGGCUUGGCGCUGCGGAUGGGGUGCAGGCCCCACUGCUCCCUCGUCUCUCCCCGCCCUCUGCGCAGCCUACUGGCAGUGCUGGGCGCUGGCCCAGUGUGCCUAGCGGGGCCUGGGGCCCUGGAGGGCAGGCCGGCGUGUUCCCACGUGCUUCUCCGUUGAGACCAUUGAGAUUUCAUUGUCACGAUUUAAUAUAUGGGUUUUUAUUUAAGAAAAGGCAGGGGCCUGGGGCAUGGGUUUGUCCUGCCACAUGCCACCUCUGCCUCCCCGGAGGGCCCUGUGUGAGCACAGCCCGCGCCCCUCGCCUCUGGCAGCUCCGUGGUUUAAUUUCCAUAUUCCGUGGUUUAAUUUCCAUAUUUAUUUUUGUGCUGCUUUCGUCGUGACGUAAGUUAUUGAGAGACGCUCUGCCGGGGCCCUUGCUCACAUGGCGAGCACCCACAACCCUCACGGCCACCACCUAAUUUAUUGCUGUACAUCUCUGCUGUGACCUUUUGUACCUUUGCAAUAAAGACUUUCUGGCUGCA